AACUGUCUGUUUCGGCUCCUACCGCCAAGGCCAAGAACGCAAGCGCUCCCCUAAGCUCGACGACAAGCCCAGUUAGUUAGCCAAAGUAGUUGACCUGACCGACUCGGUGCCCGGGUCUUAUUAGACUUGCCAAGUAGCCGUGGGCGUACGCAUUAAUAUGGCUGCUAAACCCGAAGACGAGAGGACAAAGGCGUCUGAUCCACCCACAGAUGUAGAGGCGACAACCGCCGACCCCGAUACGGCCGCCCCCGUCUCAGUCUAUGAUGACCCCGAGGAGGAGAUCCGCCGGCACGAGGAGUCCCCCGAGAAGCGUGCCGAGCGCGAGGAACUGAAACGCACUCAGAGCUAUGCCACCGACACUAGCGCCGCCACCCGCGCCACCUCGAGGGCCUCCGCACCCGCGCGUACGCGGCCGUGGUAUAAGACGCCGAACCCGUUGCGAUGGGGUGCGAUCCCGCCCGUGCCCAAGGAGCGCCAAGUCUCGCGGGAGUACAAGGCAGGCUUUUUCAGCAAGCUGACUUUCCAGUGGAUGGCCCCCCUGAUGAAUGUUGGGUACAAACGGUCCCUGGAGCAAGAUGACAUCUGGUCCGUGAAUCCCGAUCGGAAAGCCGAGGGGAUGACAAGCAGGGCUAGGGAAUCCUUCGAGAAACGGGUUAAGAAAGGCGACAAGUACCCGCUGUUCUGGGCGCUUCACGAUACCUUCUUUUGGGAAUUCUGGCUCGGCGGUUUCUGUCAGCUCUGCGCGUCCAUCCUACAGGUCAUGUCCCCCUUCACCUUACGCUAUCUGAUUCAAUUUGCCCAAGACGCCUGGGACGCCGUCCAGCGCGGGCAAACCCCGCCCGCCAUCGGCCCGGGUAUCGGCCUAGUCAUCGGUGUCACCGUCAUGCAGGUUCUCCAGAGCCUGGGGAUCAACCAAUUCAUCUACCGCGGAAUGAUGAUCGGCGGCCAGUCGCGUGCCGUGCUCAUCGGUCUGGUCUUUGAAAAGUCUAUGGCGCUCUCGGCCCGAGCUAAAGCUGGAGGCAAAGGCGACGCUGACGGGAUAGCGGGGAAUAGCCAGGAGGGGAAGGGAAAGGAGAACACAGACGAGAAGCCAGAUGGGGUCGAACCACCAUCCAAAGAUACGAAAGGCGAGAAGGUAGGCGUGCUGGGCGAUGGUACGGGGUGGAGCAACGGGAAAAUUGUCAAUUUGAUGAGCGUCGACACCUACCGUGUAGAUCAAGCUUGCGCCUUGUUCCACAUGAUCUGGACGGCGCCCAUCUCCUGCAUGAUAACUCUUGUCGUCCUUCUCAUCAACCUUACGUACAGCGCACUCGCUGGUUUCGCGCUUCUAGUCAUCGGUAUUCCGGCCCUGACGAGAGCGGUUCGCCUACUAUUCAGGCGCCGAGCCGCUAUCAACAAAAUAACGGACCAGCGUGUGAGCUUGACCCAGGAGAUCCUCCAGUCGGUCCGUUUCGUCAAGUACUUUGGCUGGGAGAGAGCUUUCCUAGGACGCUUGGCCGAUAUUCGCACCCGCGAGAUCCGCGCGAUUCAGGUCCUCCUAGCUGUCAGAAACGCGAUCAACGCGGUCAGCAUAUCGCUUCCCAUCUACGCCUCCAUGUUGUCAUUCAUCACCUACUCCCUCACCGACCACGGCCUUCCGGCGGCGCAGGUAUUCUCCUCCCUUGCCCUCUUCAACGGCUUGCGCAUGCCUUUGAAUCUGCUCCCGCUUGUCAUCGGACAGACCGUUGAUGCCUGGUCCUCCCUUAAGCGCAUCCAAGAGUUUAUGGUAUCUGAGGAGCAGGAAGAAGAUGUUGCGCUAGAACCUGAAGGGCCCAAUGCGGUCGAGAUGCACAAUGCCGGCUUCACCUGGGAGAGGACGCCGACCCGAGAAUCCGAAAAGACCGUGGGUUCUCUCGGGAAAAAGAAGAACAGAGAGGUAGCUUCGCGUAAGAGCACCAAGCCGGCACCCAAGGGGGCUUCAGAGGAUAACUCCGAAGACACGGCAAGCACUUUAACGGAGGAACGUGAGCCCUUCAAACUCCAAGAUCUGAACCUCCGGAUCGGUCGAAACGAGCUAAUCGCCGUUAUUGGAACCGUUGGAUGUGGUAAGAGUUCCUUGCUCGCUGCGCUUGCCGGUGACAUGCGGAAGACGUCGGGCAAGGUGGUCUUGGGUGCCUCGAGGGCUUUCUGUCCGCAGUACGCCUGGAUUCAGAACACUAGUGUUCGAAAUAAUAUCCUCUUCGGCAAGGAAAUGAACCGCGAAUGGUACAAGAAGGUUGUUAAGGCUUGCGCUCUGCAAGCCGACAUUGACAUGCUUCCCAACGGAGACGCCACCGAGAUUGGCGAAAGGGGGAUUACGAUAUCGGGCGGCCAAAAGCAGCGGCUCAACAUCGCCCGCGCCAUCUACUUCGAUGCCGACAUCGUGCUCCUGGACGAUCCGCUCAGCGCGGUCGAUGCUCAUGUUGGCCGACAUAUCAUGGAUAACGCCAUCAUGGGUCUCCUGAAAGACAAGUGUCGUAUACUCGCAACACACCAGCUUUGGGUUCUUAAUCGUUGCGACAGGAUCGUAUGGAUGGAUGGCGGUAAGAUCCGGGCGGUCGAUACCUUCGAUAACCUGAUGGCGAACCACACCGGUUUCCAGCAGUUGAUGGAGACGACAGCUCUCGAGGAGAAAGAAGGGGGGCUAAUGCCCGCUAGUGACAAAACAAACGGCGAAGACAAGGUCAGCAAGAAGAAGAAACGAGGCCAAGGGCUGAUGCAGGCUGAGGAGCGAGCUGUGUCGAGCGUCCCGUGGUCGGUCUACGGCGCUUACGUCCGAGCCUCUGGAAGCGUCUUUAAUGCCCCCAUUACGGUCUUCUUCCUGCUCCUAGCUCAGGGUUCUAACAUCAUGACGAGUUUGUGGCUCUCUUACUGGACGGCAGAUCGUUACGGGUUUCCCACGGGGGUAUAUAUCGGCGUAUACGCGGGCCUGGGCACGUUGCAGGCUAUAUUCCUGUUUGCCUUCUCGAUAUCGCUGGCCAUAUUCGGCACGAAUGCUAGCAAAGCUCUGCUGAGUCAGGCAGUGACGAAGACUCUCAGAGCGCCGAUGUCCUUUUUCGAUACCACACCGCUAGGCCGCAUUACGAAUCGAUUCUCGAGGGAUGUUGAUGUGAUGGACAAUAGUUUGUCGGACGCGAUGAGGAUGUACUUCCUCACGCUAGCUAUGAUAAUAUCCGUGUUCGCGCUUAUCAUCGCUUUCUUCCCCUACUUCGCAAUCGCGCUGGUCCCGCUCGCAAUUCUCUUCGUAUUCGCGGCGUCGUACUACCGGGCCUCCGCCCGGGAAGUGAAGCGUUUUGAAUCGGUGCUCCGAUCCGUCGUAUUCGCUAAAUUCGGCGAGGGCCUCAGCGGCGUGGCUUCGAUCCGUGCGUACGGCCUCAAGGAUCGCUUCAUUGCCGACCUCCGAGCCGCCAUCGACGAGAUGGAUGCGGCUUAUUACCUGACCUUCUCCAACCAACGGUGGUUGUCAACGCGCCUAGACCUCAUCGGAAACUCGCUCGUCUUUACUACUGGCAUCCUGGUCGUCACGUCAAGGUUCGACGUCCCACCGUCCAUUGCCGGUCUCGUGCUGUCGUACAUCCUGUCCAUCGUGCAGAUGUUACAAUUCACCGUGAGACAGCUAGCCGAGGUGGAGAACGGCAUGAAUGCUGUAGAACGUAUCCAGUAUUACGGCACGAAGCUUGAGGAGGAGGGGCCCGAACACACGACCGAGGUCCGCCCAUCGUGGCCGGAGAAAGGAGAAAUCGUCUUCGACAGCGUCGAGAUGCGCUACCGCGAAAAUCUGCCGCUGGUGCUCAAGGGCCUGAGCAUACACGUGCAGGGUGGCGAGCGCAUAGGCAUCGUGGGGCGGACGGGAGCGGGGAAAAGUUCCAUCAUGUCGACCCUAUUUCGACUGGUGGAACUUUCGGGGGGGCGUAUCUACAUUGACGGGCUCGACAUCUCUACCGUCGGCCUGCACGAUCUCCGCUCUCGACUGGCUAUCAUCCCGCAAGACCCGACGCUCUUCCGUGGCACGGUGCGCAGUAACCUGGACCCGUUCGGCGAGCACUCGGACCUGGAGUUAUGGUCGGCGCUGCGGCAGUCGGGGCUCGUGGCGGCGGACGGGCAGGCGGACGAGAAGGACCCGGCGCGGGUGCACCUCGACAGCGUGGUGGAGGAGGAGGGGCUCAACUUCUCGCUGGGACAACGGCAGCUGAUGGCGCUGGCGCGAGCGCUCGUGCGGGGGUCGCAGAUCAUCGUGUGCGACGAGGCGACGUCGUCGGUGGAUAUGGAGACGGACGACAAGAUCCAGCGGACGAUGGCGGCCGGGUUCCGAGGGCGGACGCUGCUGUGCAUCGCGCACCGGCUACGGACGAUCAUCGGGUACGACCGGAUCUGCGUCAUGGACGCGGGGCGGAUCGCGGAGGUGGGCACGCCUCUGGAACUAUGGCAGCGGGGAGGCGGCGACAGCAAAGAAGAAGGCGGCGGAAUGGGUAUCUUUAGGAGCAUGUGCGAUCGAAGCGGUAUACGCGAGGAGGAUAUCCGGGCCGCGAUGGUGGGACCCAAAGCAGACAUCCGGGGAUCGGGGGAGUCGGAAGGGCCGUCGGAGGGAAAGGAGGAGGAAGGGGGAGACAAGUUUUAGCACAUACCAUGCCUACAUACCCACGUAC